GCAUUGAUUCCCAGGGGAGCGGUGGAUCACAUAGUGCACAUUCUGGAUCUGAAAAGCGCUGGAGAUCUCCUUCCUCUUGUCACGUACGUACGUGACAUGCCUUCGAAGGCGGGAGACAAGUGUCUGCAACCAAACCCAACAACUUUGCUUACGUUUGAAACUAAAUGCACCUUCAGACAAGCGUACACCAGGUACUACAAAGCCAGCAGCGUCGCGCUCGAUCCACCCUCCCCUCCCGUCCUUACCGACGACCGAUCAAGCCCCAAGCCCAGAUGGCGCAGACCGCCGCCGUGACUCCGGCCCCUGCUCCACCGCCGGCGACCCGCCCGAAGCUGUCGGGUGGGCUCGAGCCGCUGGACGCGCGCAUCAAGGAGCUGACCUCGUCGCAGGGGGAGCUGCUGGCCAGGAUCCAGAAGCUCAAACAGGACGUGCAGAAAUGGCGCUCCAACGUUGAGGCGCAGGUCAAGACCUGCCACAACGAGCUUGUGGAGGUGAAGGAGGGGCUCGCUUCUGAAGUGCAGCACCUGAAAUCCGACAUCAAGGAAAUCAGAUUUGCUCUCCAGGAAGAGAAGGCAAGCUCGAAAGCGGAGCAAGCCGGGAAGACACAAGACCAGGUACUCAAGACUGAUGAUGAACAGACCGAGCAACAAACUGCGGUGCAAGCAUGAAAUUUGCGGCCCCCGAUUCAAACAGAACUUGUGGAUGUUCAACUUACUCCUGUGGACCACCCAGAAAAAGUAGGUAAAUACAUAGUACAUUAGAUCAGGAGGGGUAGAUACGUACAUGAACUCGCUUGCACAUCGCGCUUGCUUGCCACAUGCCACUAUACCAGCAUCAGCAAACUGAAGUGCAUAGGUUUCAAAACCCUGUAAGAGUGAAACGUUAUAAAAUGGACAGGAAUUGCUUAUUUUGUAACAGUCCUAUAUAACAUGUAUUUUGAAAAGGUACUUGAAUUAGAGAAAUGGUUCCAUAAA